UAUGCUGCUGGGACCUGGCUUUGCGGCCUGCGCUGUGGGAUCCGUGGACAUCCGGACGGACACUGCUUUGGCAGGACCACAGAGCCUAGAAUCCUGCUGAGUUGCUUUUCCUCUUUUUUUUCUGGAACUAGCAAAUGGCGGAUGACGCCGGUGCAGCGGGAGGGCCCGGAGGACCCGGGGGCCCAGGAUUAGGAGGCCGCGGCGGCUUCCGCGGAGGAUUCGGCAGCGGUCUUAGGGGCAGGGGCCGUGGUCGAGGCCGUGGCCGUGGUCGAGGCCGCGGGGCUCGUGGAGGUAAAGCUGAAGACAAGGAGUGGAUCCCCGUCACCAAGUUGGGCCGCCUGGUUAAGGACAUGAAGAUCAAGUCCUUGGAGGAGAUCUACCUGUUCUCCCUGCCCAUUAAGGAGUCUGAGAUCAUUGACUUUUUCCUGGGCGCAUCCCUAAAGGAUGAGGUUCUGAAAAUAAUGCCAGUGCAGAAGCAGACUCGGGCUGGCCAGAGGACCAGGUUCAAGGCAUUCGUCGCUAUUGGGGACUACAAUGGUCACGUUGGUCUUGGUGUUAAAUGCUCCAAGGAGGUUGCCACUGCCAUCCGAGGGGCCAUCAUCUUGGCCAAGCUCUCCAUCGUCCCUGUGCGGAGAGGCUAUUGGGGAAACAAGAUUGGCAAGCCCCACACGGUUCCGUGUAAGGUGACAGGCCGCUGUGGCUCUGUGCUGGUGCGUCUCAUCCCUGCCCCCAGAGGCACUGGCAUUGUCUCUGCUCCUGUGCCCAAGAAGCUCCUGAUGAUGGCCGGUAUAGAUGACUGCUACACAUCAGCCAGGGGCUGCACUGCCACCCUGGGCAACUUUGCCAAGGCCACCUUUGAUGCCAUCUCAAAGACCUACAGCUACCUGACCCCCGACCUCUGGAAAGAGACUGUGUUCACCAAGUCUCCUUAUCAGGAGUUUACUGAUCAUCUUGUGAAAACCCACACCAGAGUCUCUGUUCAGAGGACCCAGGCUCCAGCUGUGGCUACCACAUAGGGGUUUUUAUACAAGACCAAUAAAUGAAUUAAGUCUGCUAUC